GCCGUCGCCCUCGUCCUCGUCCUCGCUCCUCCGCCCUCGUCGCCCUCGGACGGCCCCGCACCGGCGCCUCAACCCUCGUGCCUCGUCGUGUGCUCGCGCAAGAAGCAGCACCUGUACGUCUUCCCCAAAGGCGGCAUCGAACACGGCGAGUCGCCCCAGCAGGCCGCCCACCGCGAAUCGUGGGAGGAAGCCGGCCUCAUUCAGGGCACCGCGACCCACCUCACCCACCUCUUGACCCUCGCCGACCCGAGCCCGCACAUCCUCUCGCCCUCGCGUGACCCGCACUCGCCCUCGUUCGUCGCCAGCUGCGAGUACUCGUUCGAGCUCUUCGUCCUCCAGGCGCCACCCUCGACCGGCGCAGCAACCGCGCCGCCCGUGCCCGCGACGGGCUCGGCCUCGUCGCCCGCACCUGCUCUCGGCGCACUCGCCGCCGCCGACGUCGCGGCUCACGACUCGGCACCGCCGACAGCGUCCCUCGCCAUCCCCUCGACGCCGUCGUCCGUGCCCUCGUCGGCGGCGUCGUCCCCACCGGCCUCGUCGGCCCCCUCGCCGACCUCGCAUCCGCCGCCGUCCCCUCUCCCGGCCCACCUCUCGCCUGUCCUCGACGCCUAUUCGGCCGCGUACCUCGCGCCGACCUGGCCCGAGUCGGGCGAGCGGCACCGCAGGUGGAUUCACGGCUGGGACGACAUCGAGCGCCAGGUGUGCUGGGGACGCCGCGAGGGCGUCAUGCGCGAGGCGUGCGAGUGCGCGAGGGAGUGGGUCGACGCGUGGUGGGCGCGAGGAGCACGGACAGAGGAGGACGAGGACGAGGACGACGACGACGAGCGCGUCGAGGAGGACGAGGACGGCGAGGACGAGGGCGAAGGGCGGUUGUGAGCGGUGCGAGGAAGGCGCGGUCCCCGAGUGCAUGGCCUGUUGUAGUAUCUCGCCCUUGCUGUCGACGCAUGUUGUACCCCUGGCAGCGAAACCCCCCAUCUCUUGCACCACACCGUUCUCACGUCGUCGUGCGGCUUGAGCGGGCUCGAGGAGAGGUGUCGCCAUUCGGCUCUUGCGCCGGCUUGUACCC